AUGAGCCCCAGACAGCCCCUGGUCCUGGUGCUCCUCGUGCUGGGCUGUUGCUCAGCCGCCCCUCGCCGCCGCCAGCCCACCUUGGUGGUCUUCCCGGGAGAGUUGAGAACCAGGCUCACCGACAAACAGCUGGCAGAGGAGUACCUGUUCCGCUAUGGUUACACCCGCGUAGCCAACAUGCACGGAGACAGCCAGUCCCUGCGGCCGGCGCUGCUGCUUCUGCAGAAGCAUCUGUCCCUGCCGGAGACGGGGGAGCUGGACAACGCCACCCUGGAGGCCAUGCGGGCCCCGCGCUGCGGCGUCCCGGACGUGGGCAAAUUCCAGACCUUCGAGGGCGACCUCAAGUGGCACCACCACAACAUCACGUACUGGAUCCAAAACUACUCCGAAGACCUGCCGCGCGACAUCAUCGACGACGCCUUCGCCCGCGCCUUUGCGUUGUGGAGCGCGGUGACGCCACUCACCUUCACCCGCGUGUACAGCCGGGACGCAGACAUUGUCAUCCAGUUUGGGGUCGCGGAGCACGGAGACGGGUAUCCUUUCGACGGCAAGGACGGGCUCCUGGCGCACGCCUUUCCUCCUGGCCCGGGCAUUCAAGGAGAUGCCCACUUCGACGACGAAGAGCUGUGGUCCCUGGGCAAGGGCGUCGUGGUUCCCACCUACUUUGGAAAUGCCGACGGCGCCCCCUGCCACUUCCCCUUCACCUUCGAGGGCCGCUCCUACACCGCCUGCACCACGGACGGCCGCUCUGACGGCAUGGCCUGGUGCAGCACCACGGCCGACUAUGACACCGACCGUCGGUUUGGCUUCUGCCCCAGCGAAAGACUCUACACCCAGGAUGGCAACGCUGACGGCAAGCCCUGCGAGUUUCCGUUCAUCUUCCAGGGCCGCACCUACUCCGCCUGCACCACGGACGGCCGCUCCGACGGCCACCGCUGGUGCGCCACCACCGCCAGCUACGACAAGGACAAGCUCUACGGCUUCUGCCCGACCCGAGCUGACGCCACGGUGGUGGGGGGCAACUCGCCGGGGGAGCUGUGUGUCUUCCCCUUCACCUUCCUGGGCAAGGAGUACUCGUCCUGUACCAGCGAGGGUCGCAGGGAUGGGCGCCUCUGGUGCGCCACCACUUCCAACUUCGACAGCGACAAGAAGUGGGGCUUCUGCCCUGAUAAAGGAUACAGCCUGUUCCUCGUGGCAGCCCACGAGUUCGGCCACGCCUUGGGCUUGGAUCACUCCUCCGUGCCGGAGGCGCUCAUGUACCCCAUGUACCGCUACCUAGAGGGGCCCCCCCUGCACGAGGACGACGUCAGGGGCAUCCAGCAUCUUUAUGGUCCUAACCCCAACCCCCAGCCUCCAGCCACCACCACACCCGAGCCGCAGCCCACGGCUCCCCCGACGGCCUGCCCCACCUGGCCGGCCACUGUACGCCCCUCGGAGCACCCCACAACCAGCCCUACCGGCGCCCCCUCAGCUGGCCCUACCGGUCCCCCCACGGCCAGCCCCUCUGCGGCCCCCACUGCGUUCUUGGACCCAGCUGAAGACGUCUGCAACGUGAAUGUCUUCGACGCCAUCGCCGAGAUCGGGAACAAGCUACAUGUCUUCAAGGAUGGGCGGUACUGGCGGUUCUCCGAGGGCAGGGGGCGCCGGCCGCAGGGCCCCUUCCUCAUCGCCGACACCUGGCCCGCGCUGCCGGCCAAGCUGGACUCCGCCUUUGAGGAGCCGCUCACCAAGAAGCUGUUCUUCUUCUCGGGGCGCCAAGUGUGGGUGUACACAGGCGCGUCGGUGCUGGGCCCGAGGCGUCUGGACAAGCUGGGCCUGGGUCCGGAGGUGCCGCACGUCACCGGGGCCCUCCCGCGCGCCGGGGGCAAGGUGCUGCUGUUCGGCUCGCAGCGCUUCUGGAGGUUCGACGUGAAGACGCAGACGGUGGAUUCCCGGAGCGGCGCUCCAGUGGAUCAGAUGUUCCCCGGGGUGCCUCUGAACACACACGACGUCUUCCAGUACCGAGAGAAAGCCUACUUCUGCCAGGACCGCUUCUUCUGGCGUGUGAGUACCCGGAACGAGGUGAACCAGGUGGACCAGGUGGGCUACGUGAGCUUUGACAUCCUGCACUGCCCUGAGGACUAGGGCGUCCUUCCUGCCUCAGCGGUGCCGAGCAAGUCCCCUCGGGGCCGCCGUGAUGGAGAAGGGGCCAGUUUGCCGGAUACAAACUGGGCAUUUGU